AGAAAACUUAUAAACUGCGAAAUAAAGAGAACUGGGAUAGACUAUAUCUCCUCACCACUAGCAAGCUGAUACUUUGUCGGGUUUUAAAUCACUUGACACGAAAACCUAAUCUGUUAGAAGUGACCAUAGACAGAAAAACUGUACUAAGGAUGAGAGGUGUUAAUGUGGAACAUUUUAUGCCACAUUCCUACUUUGAAUUAUCUUUCACUGGCUUACUUCACCUUGUGGUUCACAAGGGAACUUGUCACUCUGUAUUCUAUAUAUUUCAAAGGGGAUAUAUUCGCCAACUGGCUUGACCCCACCACCUCUUCCUCAAGUUUAUAAGCAAACCCUCCUUCAUAUCUAGUUUCCCAUGCAAAUUACAAUCCCUCUCAUUUCAGUUGGUUAAUCUUCAAGUAACCAUUAGCAAAAAGUCACUCCCAAAAGACUUGGUCAUUUUAUAUUUAUGGCAUCAAACUGCAUUUCUUCUUCAUGGUCUGCCAAGCAAAACAAACUAUUUGAAAAGGCUUUGGCUGUGUAUGAUAAGGAUACACCUGACCGAUGGAAGAAUGUAGCCAAAGCAGUUGGAGGUAAAUCACCAGAAGAAGUCAAAAGGCACUACGAAAUCCUUCUGGAGGAUCUCUGGACUAUCGAGUCAGGUCACGUCCCAUUUCCAUAUUACAGAGAAAAUGGAAGCAACAAACCGUUAAGGCCACAUGGUUAAGAAGCAUAGGUAAUGUAGUAAUCGUUUUAUAUAUUCAUUUGCUAGCAAGAAAAAAGAAAGAAAAUGAAGCAUGCAAAUUUUAACUUGCAUUCAUUGAAUCUGUAUAGUUGAAACAGGAAUAUGGGACAUGCAUGAACACGACAUAUUUAAUUUAUUCUGUCUAGUUUGAGUUUAAGUUAAUGUGGUCCAAGUCUAACUACCAUGUGUCAACAACAAUAGGACAAAGUAUAUUUUGGCCCUGUAAGUAAAAUAUGUGUUGUAACACAAAAGGUACGAUUUUAGUGGGUCACUACUUCAACUUAUCUUAGUUUCAGAUCUACAAUAAAAAUCCACAUAAUAUCUAAACCAUAUCUUUAUGGAAAAUCCAAUCAUAUGCAUAGGGCCAUUCUAUCCUCUCGUUUAUUCAUCACUCCCUUUCCAUUACAGGCAAUAUAUACUCUCUUUUUUCUUCUUUUGUACUGGUAUACUGUAUCCUGCAUUUUCUUAACUCUGCAUAUAAUUUCAACAGGUUUGGAUUUUGGAAGAUACUGGAUAAAGACAGCCAAAGUGACAUCCUAUACUGAAUCCCCAAGUACUAUUAAUUAAUCAAUUCAUAAAGAAAUUACAGCAAUUCAUCAUCAUGUCUUCUCUACUUAAUCAAAAUUUCAGCUCUCUCUGUAAUAAGGAAAAUUCAUCUUUCCUUUUGCUGUAUAAUCCUUAUUGUAAAAUC